AUAUAGCGGCCAUAUUGGAGUUUCCCCAGUUCAGUAUUGAAGCUUUGAUAUUUUUAGAGGCCGCCCCCUUUCUUCGAUGUUUCUUUCCUUCAAUUUUCCUUUUGCAUCAGCAAUCGCGUGGAUUAACAGGAGUACCUUUCAGCCAAGCAUCGAAGACAUUUCAAUUUCUAUCAAUUGGAUUGCUAAAUUCUAUUUAGGUCACCUACAGCAUCAAUGAAUCAGUGAAUGGUUGAAACUGGAGAAGUCCAAGAUAACAUGACCAUUGUGAUGCGUGGGAGUCCUGCAGGUGGGGACUCCCCCCAAGAUAAUACACAAGCCCCACCGCAGCAACAGCAACAACAACAGAAGGUUACCCAGUCAACUAGUGAUGAGAUUGGCCAAGGGAAUAGCCAGACUGAAUUGCAGGAUGACCAGGAACCGGACUUUCCUCAUGAAGCUCUGGCUAAAUUGGAUGAAAUGAUCAAUCGACCAAGAUGGGUUGUUCCUGUACUUCCCAAAGGAGAGUUGGAGUUGCUUCUUGAAGCAUCCAUUAAACUUAGUAAAGAAUCACUGGAUACAAGAAGUGAAGCUUGCCAGAGAUUUUUCCGUGAAGGCUUGACCAUAUCCUUUACCAAAAUACUUACUGAUGAGGCUGUAAGUGGAUGGAAGUAUGAAAUACAUAGAUGCAUAUUCAAAAAUGCAGAAAAACUGAUUGAAUUAUGUGUUUGCAAACUUUCUCAAGAUUGGUUUCCUUUGUUGGAUCUCUUGGCAAUGGUUCUGAAUCCUCAGUGCAAGUUCCAUACAUACAAUGGAACUCGGCCAUCAGAAACAGUACCAUCAGGAGCUCAGGUAACAGAAGAAGCUGUAUUUGCUAAACCACCCGAUGCCAGAACACCACGGGGGUGGCUGGUCGAUCUGGUAAAUAAAUUUGGACAAAUGGAAGGAUUCCAAAUUAUUCUUGACCGUUUCACAAAAGGUCCCCAAUUAUCGGUGCCUGUGAUAGCUGCACUGGUGAAACCAUUUGGUCAGUGCUCCGAAGUACUGACUCCUUAUGCUAUCCAAAAAUAUUUCAUGCCAAUUGUGGAAAUAGUUCCUAAAUUUUUGGACAACUUAACAGAUGAUGAACUGAAAAAGGAGUCCAAAUCAGAAAUAAAAAAUGAUGGGUUAUCAGCAAUAAUAAAAGCACUGAAACAAUUGGUGUCCCGUGUACCGAAUCAGGAAGAGACUGUGAAGAAUUUGGAAAUCUUUCGUUUGAAAAUGAUUUUAAGGCUUCUUCAGAUAUCUUCUUUCAAUGGUAAGAUGAAUGCUUUGAAUGAAGUUAACAAAGUGAUCGCAAAUGUGACAUUCCAUGCCAGUCGUCACACUCCAAUAGAUGAUGAUGAAUGGCUUACAGCUGAUAAGAUGGCAGAAUGGAUUCAGCAGAACAAUGUAUUGUCAAUUGUUCUUCGAGAUAGUCUCCAUCAACCUCAGUAUGUUGAAAAAUUGGAAAAAAUCUUGAGAUUUAUGAUAAAAGAGAAAGCCUUAACACUUGAUGAUUUGGAUCGAAUAUGGGAAGCCCAGUCUGGAAAACAUGAAGCUAUUGUAAAAAACGUUCAUGACUUGUUGGCUAAAUUGGCAUGGGAUUUCUCUCCUGAACAGUUAGAUCAUUUGUUUGAAUGCUUUCAAGGAAGCUGGACUAAUGCUAUGAGAAAGCAGAGAGAAAAGUUAUUAGAGCUCAUUAGGAGAUUAGCAGAGGAUGAUAAAGAAGGUGUGAUGGCUCAUAAGGUUUUAGGGUUGUUAUGGAAUCUUGCUCAUAGUGAAGAUGUUCCAACUGAGAUCAUGGACCAAGCCCUGACAGCUCAUAUAAAAAUUCUGGAUUAUAGUUGCUCUCAGGAUCGUGAUAGUCAGAAGAUGCAGUGGAUUAGCAGGUUUGUUGAAGAGCUGAAGAAUGACAAAUGGGUUUUACCUGCCUUGAAACAAAUUAGAGAAAUAUGUCAGUUAUUUCCUGAAACAUCUCAAAAUUUUCCUCAUGCUCAGCGAACACCUCACAUGUAUUAUAGGAAUCAAGUAAUUAGUCAGUUACACCAUCAGCAUUCUAUUGUUAUGCUUGUAGCUCAAAAUUUAGCAACUUACAUGGAGAAUGCCAGGUCUUAUGCAAAAGAACAUCCAUUUGAAGAUCCUAGUAAUAUUUAUCCUGAUGGCAGAUUCAAUCAUAUUCAACAAGUGCAGGAACGACUCCGAUUCUUACGGUUUUUACUGAAAGAUGGUCAACUUUGGUUAUGUGAAAUUCAAGCCAAGCAGAUUUGGAAAUGUUUAGCUGAAAAUGCUAUAUAUGUGGCUGACAGAGAGUCUUGCUUUAAAUGGUUUGCUAAGUUAAUGGGAGAAGAACCAGAUCUCGAUCCUGAUAUUACUCGAGAUUUUUUUGAGAAAAAUAUCCUCUUGUUAGAUCCUGCUCUUCUUACAGAAAAUGGAAUGAAUUGUUAUGAGAGAUUCUUUAAGCAUGUCAAUUUGAAAGAGAACAAACUUGUAGUCAAACGAAGAGGAGGUCAUAUGAUGAAUGAUCUAGAACUGAUUGGUUUAGAAUAUUUAUGGAGGGUAAUCUUAAACAGUCCAGAAAGUGUUGCUGAGAAACCAGUUGCUCUCUUAAAGGAAAUAUUUACUAACCUUGGUCCUCAAUUACAACAGAACCAUGUAGAUAUUCAUGAAGACUUCAUUCAGACUUGUAUAGACCGUCUGAAACCAUCUUAUGACAUUGUUCGUGUGUUAGAGGAUGACAAAGAGAGUAAGAAUAGAGUUAUGCAAGAAGCAAUGCGUAUGGUUCGUGUUCUCACUGUACUCAAGGAGUAUGUUGCUGAAUGUGAUGAAGCCUAUGGGGAAGAAAGAUCAAUAUUACCUCUGGGAAGAGCUUGUCGAGGACGCCUAGUGACAUUAUCUGUGAGAUUUCCUAACCAAGGGAGGCAUAUAGAAGAUCUUGACAUCUGGUCCCAUACCAAUGACACUUUAGGUUCUGUGAGACGACAGAUUUUAAACAGAGUGAAAGUUAGCAGUAGUAGCAUUAAAGUUGACAUGUAUGUUAAUGGAGAGCUUCUAGAUCCUAGUGAAGAUAAAAAAUUGAUAUCACAAAUUCCUCUUCGAGAUAGAACUGCCGUCUCGGCUAAAUUGGUACAAGUUGGAAGUAAUAUGCCUUCCAGCCCAGACAGUAGUUCUGAUAGCUCUGGAGGUUCUCCUCAUAAUACUUAUGAUGGACCUAACAUAGAAGCUGAAAGCUGUCUGCCUGGUGUGCUUAUGGCUCAAGUGAAUCGCUACACAGGAUUUCUUUUCCAACUGUCGGACUUAGGUUGUCAUCUUCAGUUACCAAAAUUAAGAGACACAGCUAGAGCUCUUUUAAAAAUUAUGUCAGCUGAUACCCAUACAAUGGAGAAAUUCCGCAGUAUAUGUAUGGAACAUGCCAGAGCUGAAAGUGGUAUUUCAGCUGCCCUUGAGAGCAUGUUUUUUAUUGGCUCCUCAACUCAAGUUCUCUACAAUGUAGAGGUGGUUUACAGUCUGCUGAUGCCAGCAGGUGCUCCAAUUUCUGAUGAUGCUUUUGAAUUUCAGUAUAAUUUUGUACGUAGUGGUGGUGUACAAUUAUCUUUAAAUAUGUUAAUGAAAAAUAAUUUCUUGCCAAAUGCUGAUCUCCCUACUAGAAGGAGUGCCUAUGUGACAGUUCUGAAGAUUUGCAAAUUGAUGACCACAACUGUUGGCCAUGCCAAAGUUCAAGUUGCAGUUGAUGCUUGUAGUGCUGAUUCUCAGACCACUCCAAUCCCUGUUAAUGAACAUAAUUAUGCAGUUACUCUUCAACAAGCAUUGAUAUACAUCCCCAACUCAACAUCUGAGUUUACAUUAAGGAAUGUGGCUGCACGCCUUGGUCAACAACUGAAAGAACAGGCUUUUGGUGCUCUUCCUGAUUUGAACACUAUUAAAGCUAUUCAGAAAAUUGCCUGGUCAUCAUGUACGGGUUCUUUGCAUUUGGUUCAUGACUCUAAUGAAGAAAUUCAUCGGAUUGUUGAGAAGGGUAAAGAAAACACUGAGCCCGAAGACAUUGAAGUUACCCGUGAAGCUUUAGAACUGCUUUCUGUAUGUUUGGCACUUUGUCCUGCUGCUUUAGAAUCACUUAAUAAAGACAAAGCAUGGCAGAUCUUCAUCAUCGAUCUUCUCCUUCUUUGUAAAAACAGGGAGAUCCGUACAUGGGCUGCUGAGCAGUUUUUCCAAAUGGCUACAAAAUGUAGUAGUGGAAAUCGACCUCUACCCUUCUUCAUCACUUUGCUCUUUACUGUGUUGUCUAGUACAGUGAAGGAAAAUGCAAAGCAAGCACACGAAUAUUUUCAUUUAUUGUGUCGGCUACUCAAUCAUGCUUAUAGUAGUGAAGUUAGUUUACCAAACGCUGAAACUUUAUUGAAUAAUGAAAUAAUCUGGUUGAAGAAAAUUCGUGAGCAAGCUUUGCCCCAAACUGAGAUCCAGGUUGAUAAUGCAUUAUUGGAAGGACAUUUGGGAAUUACCAGAGAACUUCUCUCAUUCCAGACUCCAGACAAGAAAUUUCACAUUGGUGCAGAAAAAGGAGGUUUAGAUCUCAUCAGAGAAUUAGUAGAGGAUUUCAUCUUUCCUGCUUCUAAGAUUGUAGUUCAAUGUCGAAAACUUAAUGACUUUCCACCAGAGCAAGCUGUUCCUGUAUGCACCACUCCAGCCACUGUUACGGCAGCAUUUGAUUUGUUAGUUUCCUUAUGUACACGCUGUGUGAAAAACCUCAAGUGUUUAGCCAAUAUGCUAAUAGACAUGUUUUACACAGAUGAAAUGUUCACUUUUUCAGAAUUACCUCUAGUGGAAUGGGAGUUUGUACCCCCUGUGGGUCCAAGACCUCCUAAAGGUUUUGUUGGCCUUAAGAAUGCUGGUGCUACAUGUUAUAUGAAUUCUGUUUUACAACAGCUCUUCAUGAUUGAACAGAUUCGUCAUGGAAUACUUGCUGUGGAAGGAGCAGCAGACGACAUCGAGGAUGAAUAUAUAGGAGACGAGAAGGGCGAGAAUGAGACAAAUGUUGAUCUUGGUGAUGAAGAACGGAAGGAUGAAGAAAAGAGUUCCAAUAAACAAGGUGAAAGGAAAGAUUACAAUCUGGGUGUGAUGAAACAUGUCCAGUUGAUCUUUGGUCAUUUGGCUUGUAGCAAGCUGCAGUAUUAUGUACCCAGAGGCUUCUGGAAACACUUCAAGUUAUGGGGAGAACCGGUGAACUUGAGAGAACAACAUGAUGCAUUAGAAUUCUUCAACAGUCUUGUAGAUAGUUUAGAUGAAGCUCUUAAAGAACUUGGUCAGACCAUGAUUCUCAGUAAAGUUCUGGGAGGGUCAUUUGCUGACCAAAAAAUUUGCAAAGAUUGUCCACAUAGAUAUCAAAGAGAAGAAACUUUUACAACUCUAAAUGUAGAUAUUCGAAAUCAUCAAAAUUUACUUGAAUCUUUAGAGCAGUAUGUAAAAGGUGAUCUUUUAGAAGGAGCAAAUGCAUAUCACUGUGAAAAAUGUAAUAAAAAGGUAGACACUGUUAAAAGGCUCGUGAUAAAUAAAUUGCCAAAAAUUUUGGCUAUCCAGCUCAAGAGAUUUGAUUAUGACUGGGAACGAGAAUGUGCAAUCAAAUUCAAUGACUACUUUGAGUUUCCACGUGAGUUUGAUAUGGAACCUUAUACUGUACAGGGAUUAGCAAAAAUUGAAGGAGAAAUUAUUGAUGCUGACUGUGAUGAUAAAGAGCAAAGUACAAAAUACAAGCUAGUUGGGGUUGUGGUCCAUAGUGGACAAGCUAGUGGAGGACAUUAUUACUCUUAUAUUUUACACAGAGGUGCUGAUGAUGUUCUUCCGAAAUGGUACAAAUUUGAUGAUGGCGAUGUCACCGAAUGUAAAAUGGAUGAUGAUGAGGAAAUGAAAAACAUACUUCCCAUUCAGCAUAUGCAAUACAGAUUGUUUAACAAAAUAAUGUCGAGGUCAGUUACAAUUGUACAUCUUAACGCCAUCAUCAUCAUUGACAUCAUUAUUUUAACAUAUUUCCAUGCAUUUGUGGAUUGGAUGAGAUUUGUUGAGGCACAUCUCCUUCCUAUUGCCAACCCUCAUCUGUUUCAAAGUAAGGUAAUAUUUCUCUUUGGCCCGAUAUGUUUUUAUGGACGAAAAUGUCAUAGUGCUCUUUUCUAUCUUUCAUUUCUUUUUUAUAAUUUGAACUUAAUUUUAUCCUGUUGCUAUAGGAUGUCUUACAGGCGACAGAAGCGAUGGUGGAAUGCCUAUAUAUUGUUCUAUGAACGAAUAGAACCUCAAGUUGACUUAGCCGAGGUCUCAAAACGAGUACUAGACCUUACAAUUUCAAGGCAAGAGAGGUUAAAGAUGCCUGCUGCAAUUGAGCGCUGCGUUCGGCGGCAAAACAUCCUUUUCAUGCACGAGAAGAACCAAUUUUCACCCGAAUAUUUUCAAUUCAUGAAAAAAUUUCUCAUGUGCAAUGCUCCAUUUUUAUCUAUCCCUUGUCCACAGGAUAGGCUGCCUGCUGAUGCUGAACAAAUGGCCUUAAUCAGUGUUGAGCUGGGAUCAAAAUUUUUAUUCACUGUUGGUUUUCAUACCAAGAAGUCUUUACGAGGUCCGGCCAAUGAAUGGUAUGAUGCAUUGUGUAUCCAUAUGAGAAACAGCAAAUCUGUGCGCAGCUGGUUUGUGCAUAAUGUUUUAUUUGCUCAUACCAAUCGCUUUGCAGAAUACCUUUUGGAAUGCCCCAGUUCAGAGUUGGUCAAGCCACUGAUCCGUCUUUAUUUGUUUCUAGUUGGUCAAGCCACUGAUCCAAGUGCUACACUUAGCGAUCACUUGUUGACAGAGAUCCUGAAUCUGCUGAAAAAGGAAGUGUCUGAGCACGGAAGGCACCUGCAACAGUAUUUUAAUCUCUUUCUCCUUUACUCCAAUCUUGGCACAGAAGAAAAGCAACAGCUGUUGAGGUUAAAUGUUCCUGCUCAGUUCAUGUUGGUGGCUCUUGACGAAGGCCCAGGACCUGCCAUCAAGUACCAGUAUGCUGAUCUGAGUAAACUUUUCUCUGUUGUUUCUCACCUAACGCGUUGCUGUGAUGUGUCAGCCAAAUGUCAGUCAUCAGUCAAUGGUUCAUCUCCUUUAGCCAAUCCGCAUGGUGACCCUACAUGUUGUGCCUCACUCAUGCCUAUACAAACUCAGGUAGCUGAUAUAUUGUAUAACAGAUCCAGCUAUGUUAAAAAGGUCAUUGAAGAUUGUAAUAACUCUGAGGACACAACAAAGUUACUGAGGUUUUGCAGUUGGGAAAAUCCUCAUUUCUCCUCAACAGUCUUGAGUGAACUGUUAUGGCAGGUGGCUUACUCAUACACUUAUGAAUUGAAACCCUAUUUGGAACUUUUAUUUCAAAUGUUAAUGCUUGAUGAUUCGUGGCAAAAUCAUCGAAUUCACAAUGCACUUAAAGGUAUUCCUGAUGAUAGAGAUGGCUUAUUUGAUACCAUUCAACGGUCUAAAAAUCAUUAUCAAAAAAGAGCCUAUCAAUGCAUCAAAAUGAUGGUGUUGCUUUUUACACAUUGUAUCCCUGCAGCUCAGAUGUUACAGAGUAAUGGUGAUCUGAAAAGGAAGUGGACUUGGGCAGUUGAGUGGCUUAGUGAUGAGCUAGAGCGGAGGCCUUAUCCUGGUAAUGCCCAGUAUACUUAUAAUAAUUGGUCACCUCCAGCUCAAUCCAAUGAGACCUCUAAUGGUUAUUUCCUGGAACGAUCUCAUAGUGCUAGAAGUACUUUAACCAGAGCCUAUGAGCUUUGUCCUGAAGAGGUUGGCAAAGCAAAUGUUCUUCACUGUCCAUCUAAGCAGGAACCCGAAGAAGCUGACUUGACUGACGAACCAGAGAGUCCACAUCAUGACGAACAAGUGCCCAUGUAUAGUGGACAAACGCAGCUGCCAACUCAGAGUCAGCAGCCCACCCAAAGCCAGCCUGCAACACAGUCCCAAUCUUUAACA